AUGAGAAAGGAAAGAUUACGCAAGGGAAGGUUUUGCCGGGAAAGGCCCCCAGAUCCAGGCGAGGCCUGGAUCCUCGGCAGCGGCACUGCCGCCCUCGCAUCAGCCCUCUACCUCAUCCGACUCGCCAACUUUUCUCCCGGCAACGUACACAUCCUCGAUUGGCAUGAAUCCCUUGCCCUAGCUGUACACAACACCGGCAACCAAUCUUCCGGAUACGACCAAUUUCCCGGAUGCCUUCCUGUCCCCGUCGGCGAGCCCCUCAAAGAUCUCCUUGGACUAGUUCCAUCUGUGCGAGACGAGAACCAGACCGUCUUCGAUGAGAUCAAAAAUGCAGAAUACUUCGCUUCUUCAGACAAUCGGAAGGACUUGAAUACGCAGUUUCUCGUGCAGCAGGAUGGCGCGCUCAUUAAUAUCCCGACCAACUUUUUGAACUUGAAGUUUCGACAGCGCAUUGCACUAGUCAGACUCAUGCUGAAAGGGGAGAAGAGUCUGCAGAGAAAACAGAUCCGGGACUAUCUCCCGCAGAGCUUCUUCGAGGGCACGUUUUGGGCGAUAUGGUCGGCACAGUUUGGGUUCCAGCCGUGGCACAGCGCGAGUGAGUUUCGGCGGACGAUCCGGCAGUAUCUACGGGACUUUCACGGGUUGAAGAUUCUCAGCUGUCUUGACAUCACGGGGAGGUAUCAGUUUGAGUCCACGUUUAUACCGAUAUACCACUUCUUGCGCAGCCUGGAGGUUGAUUUCCGGUUCGAUGCCAAGGUCAAGGAUAUUGUCACGAGCGUCCGCAACGGACAACGAGUGGUUAGAAGCAUCAACCUGCUAGAGAAUGGCUUCGAGCUGUGCCAGGUUAUUGGAAAAGAUGAUAUCGUGAUUGCCACCCUAGGCUCGACAGUUUCCGGCUCAACAACGGGAAACAAUGACAAUCCACCUUUCCGAGCCUCGAUGCAACCAAACGAAGCGCUCGAUGAAAACUGGUCCCUCUGGCUCGAACUCGGCGCCCACCACAGCUGCUUCGGCGACCCCUACAACUUCUGCACGCGCGUCUCCGAAUCCAUGCUCGAAUCCUUCACCAUAACGACCGAAGACCUCGCCCUCUAUGAGCACCUCUGCUCAAUCUCCCAUUGCCCCCCACAAUGCGGCGCCUUCAUCUCCCUCCAAGAAAGCCCCUGGCGCAUGAAUCUCUGUCUGCCCACGCAACCCGUCUUCCCCGAACAACCGAACAACACCCGUGUCUUUUGGGGCUUCGCCAACUUCCCCGAGAGCCGCGGCAAAUACGUCCAGAAAAUGAUGCUCCACUGCUCGGGCGCGGAAAUAAUGAUCGAGCUCCUCCACCAUCUGAACCUCGACGAAAACCAUAUCCAGAAACGCACCGUCACCGUCCCGCGCGUGAUGCCCCGCAUGAGCGCCAUCCUCCUCGCGCGCGCCGUCAACGACCGACCAAUGAUCAACCCGCGGUGUAUCGCGAAUAUCGGACUCGUGGGUCAGUUUGCGGAUAUGCCGCAGCAUAGCUGUGUGGAUAUGAGCUAUAGUGUGCGGACGGCGCAAAAGGCGGUUUCCCAUUUGACGGGGUUGAAGCUCGAGCGCGGGGAGUAUAAGGAUUGGUCGAAUCAUAGCUUGUGUAGCGUUGCGAAGGUGUUGUUUUGGAAGUAG